CUAAGUUGUUAUUUUAUAUUAGUUCAUGAAUUGUUACAAGUAUUAGAUACGUUUGUGGUUAGCUAUUAUAAUUUUAUAAUAAUUCAUUUUAUAUAAAUAUAUUAUGGAUAAAUCUAUAAGUCAGAAGGAAUAUUUGAAGAAAUAUUUAUCUUCUGGACCUGGAGAAGAAAAAAAGAAGAAGAAGAAGAAGCUAAAAAUUGGUCCAAAAACAGUUAAGAUCAUUGAUGAUGAUAUUGACCUAAAUAAACUUAGGCCAAUUGAAGAUGGUGAAUUUGAUAUAUUUAUCAAUGGAGAAGAUGCGCCUCAAAUAGCUGGAAUAAUUGAUGAACGUGGACCAAUUGAUUUUUCUGAUAAAAGAAAGUGGAAAAUUAUAGCCGAUGAUGAAGAUGGAGAAUUACGAUUUAAACAAAAUGAUUCUGUUAUAUUGCGUGAAAAGGAAAAAGAAUCUAAAAUCUCUGAUUCGGAUUUAAGUCCUCCUAGAAAAAGUAGGAAGACUUCUGAUUCGGAUUUAAGUCCUCCUAGAAAAAGUAGGAAGACUUCUGAUUCGGAUUUAAGUCCUCCUAGAAAAAGUAGGAAGACUUCUGAUUCGGAUUUAAGUCCACCUAGAAAAAGUAGGAAGACUUCUGAUUCGGAUUUAAGUCCACCUAGAAGAAAUAAGAAAAACAAUGAUUCGGAUCUGAGUCCAUCUAGAAGAAAUAGGAGGAACAAUGAUUCAGAUCUGAGUCCACCUAGAAGAAAUAGGAGGAACAAUAAUUUGAAUUUAAGUCCAUGUAGAAAAAGUAGAAAGGACGAUGAUUCAGAUUUGAGUCCACCUAGAAAAAGUAAAAAGAGUGAUCGAUCUACAUCGAGACAUUCUAAAAAAAGUAAAAAAGACUAUAACAGUCAUAAACGUCGCAGAAACUCUUCAAGAUGGGAUGAUCAACCUGAUGGAAGUGAAUCAUUAAGUCGUGACAAUACAAUGCAUGAUACAAAAAUGAAGAAAACAUUAAGUGGCAUGAGCGCUGGUUUGCAGGAUGCAAAGUCUUUGCGUGAAGAAACAGAGGCUUAUAAAAAGCGUGAAAUUGAAAUGUUUAAUAAGUUAAGCAACGAAGUUACUGGUGCUGGCCAGAAGACAAUCUUACGUGAUUCAAAAACUGGUAGGAGACGAGAUUUAGAAGCUGAAGCUGCUGUAGAGCGAGAAAAACAUAAGCGGCAAGAAGAAUUGAAUGAAAAAUAUGACAAAUGGGGUAGAGGAUUGAAACAAAUAGAAGAUAGAGAAGAAAAAUUAAAAAACUAUCUUCAUGAAGUAAGCAAACCAUUGGCAAGAUAUGUCGAUGAUGCUGAUUUGGACAAAGCGCUUAGGGAACAAGAAAAAGAAGGUGAUCCAAUGUUAGAAUAUAUUAGGAACAAAAAAAUAAAAGAAGGAAAAAUCAAACCAGAUGAACUACGAUAUCAGGGAUCUUAUAUGCCUAAUCGUUUUGGAAUAAGACCUGGUCGUCGUUGGGAUGGAGUUGAUAGAAGUAAUGGAUACGAAAAGAAGUGGUUUGAUGCACAGAAUGCAAAAACAGCAUUACAAGAGGAAGCAUAUAGGUGGAGUACAGCUGACAUGUAAUAUAUAUUUUACAUUCAUUUUAUGAAUAUCUGAAUACCUUUCGCUUUAACUUAAAAUUAUCUGAGAUGAUAAUUUUAAAAUGUGGGUAAAUAUUGUACAUAAUAGUAUAUUACUCACCUAGGGAGGUAAAGUAAGGAGAUGAUAAUUUUAAAAUGUGGAUAAAUAUUGUACAUAAUAGUAUACAUUUUUUCUGCUCGACGUAGGCGGAAAGCGGCAACUUCAUUUUGAACAGCGGGAGAAAAGUUCACGCUUUUCGCCCGGAGGGAAGAAAAAUAUAUUUUUUAAUAUAAGGAUUGUAUAUAAAGGGAAGUGGGUUGAAACGUUUGAGUCUUAAUAAAAAAGACAUUAUUUUGUUUUUAUUAUUAUAACAAUUUGAUAAAAAAAAAGUCAUAUCUACGUGAGCAUCAGAACUUUUCAAUACACCCAUAUACAUUCAGAAAAUAUAAAGUAUAUGUUAAAAGAAAAAUUGAGCCAACGAAUAAUGAAAAAUGUACGAAGGUCGGUUGAAAA